UUUACCAUACACGCAGUGUUUCUACUCGGUUGAAAUAUUCUUCUUGUGUUUCUAGGAGUUACGCAAUUGUCCCCAAGCUGUUCUGUGCCGUAGCAUUUGUAAUAAUGGCUAACGCAAGAAGAGAGGUUGAUAAUUACUUAAAAUUAAUCGAGACAGGAAACUGUUCAGAAUGCAAUUCACAGUUGGACAUGGUCGGUAAACGAUCUGCACGAAGACACAUGAGAGCGAAACAUCGAACUUAUAGUUGCACAAAAUGCACCAAACGGUUUUUCCUCCACCAAGCUAUCACUCAACACAUAGCUGAUGCAAAGCACACCAAGCCCCAUAUUCAUAGCAGCAGAGCAGUCGGCGAGUCUUGGCAUGUUGGUGUUCUGGAGGGAAGUCGAAGAGGUGAAAAUCUUGAUGACUUCAUGAAGAGGAAGGUCUUCCCCGAUGAAGUGUACACUAGAAAAAGUAAAGAACUCGUGGAUCGCCUAAUGAUGUUUGUGCAGCACAACACUCGAUAUAGUGUUCGACGACUGGUUGUCAGUGGAUCACAAGGCAAGCACACAAAUUUGAUGGAUAGUUCAGAUGUUGAUCUGGUCAUGUUCAUUAAUGACUUCAACACCGUGGACGAAUUUCGAGACGACAUACGCACGGUAGUAGGAGUAUUGAAGAAGCACAUCAUGGACGAUUUGAACUGGGCUAGUGACGUGGAGAUGUUCGCAACUACGAUGCACUCUGUCAUGUUCAAAGUGAAACUGCAUGGAUAUCAGCCAAUCGAAGUGGAUCUGCUCCCAGCAGUGGAUCUCCUUGCAACCAAAACGAUGACGCAAAUAUACGAUGAAAUGAGUCGCAAAUCGCCAGGAAAACAACAGUUCUAUUCUGUAUGUUUUGCCGAGAAGCAAGCGGAGUUCGUCAAAUCCGUUCCACAAAAUGUUAAGAAUCUCAUUCGACUUGUCAAAUAUUGGAAAAAGACUGAAGAUGUCGGACUCAAGUCAUAUGUCCUUGAAUUGCUUAUUAUUCAUCUGUGGCGAGAAUGUGAAAACCGCCAGUUUUUUUCCAUGGAGGAAAUGUUCACAAAGGUCAUGAAACGUUUGAGAAGUUUCUCAGACACGAAGAUACUAUGGGGAGAUAACUACGUGGCUAGCAGAUACAACGACCGCAUAGACGUUCCUGUAUUACUGGAUGUGGUGAACCCAUUUAACAAUCUGAUGCCAAGCAGUGAUAAAGUGCGUAUCGUCGAGGAAAAAGCGGCCGAGCUUCUCGGAAGAAUGCGAAAAUGAAUAAACAUCAUCACUGAAACCAGUUUUAAUGCCAGACGGCAUGUUUAAACUUGAACCACAUGUUCUUCAGAUUUAUAAUGCAUGUGUAUGUUAUGUGUAGCUGUUUUAAAAUAAAAUCAGUUAAUAUCGACAAUAACAGUGCACCUUUAACUUGGUUUAUUUUAAUACAAUUGUGCAAGAUUUGUAUAGUACACCAGGGUUGAAAAUCAGCAGUCGCCCGGUCGCCCGUGGCGACCUUUAUUGGCUAAGGGCGAUUAAGAAUCUUACAAAGGUAGUCCGUUGGGCGAUGAUCUGGCGAGUAUGAUACCAGUUGAAAAAAGAAAGACUGAAACUGAAUUGAAUGUGACAAAACAAACUGCGUCUGUGUUGGCGCGAACUACAGAUCUGGUAGCAGAAUACAUAGCACAUGCUCUAUAUUUUGACAGCGCCAUGUUCGGCUUAUGUGGCUUUGGGCCGGGUCUUUGUACAAAUAAGAGCUCAAAACGUAUUGAAGACAUUGCAUGUAUUUCUAAAAUCUGGAAGUUGUCUGCUUAUUGGAAUGGACUGGAUACACCAUAAUUACCUAGUAGAGCUACUGUUUGACAAUUGUUAUUUAAUGUUAUGGUUAAACGGAAUCAAAUUUAAUUAGCUUACAUUAUUCUGGUACAAAAUCAAAAUCUUGCAGUUUUAACACACUACCGUGAGCGUAUGCACGCAUACACAAAGAACAAUUUUUUUUUUCAUUACUACAAGGCUUACUCCAAAAGUCAGUUAAAUGAUUGUCGUUAUCGGUAUUCUUUUAAGUUUAUGCGAUUUGCAUGAAAUAAGAACUGAUCUAAAGUGACACCAAGACUGACAUGAUGACAUAACCGUCCAAAUAUUACAGUGAUAAACAAUAAGUCAAAAGAAUAACCAGUGUUAAGUACUGUUAGUUAUUGUACACAACAUGAUAAAUAGAAGAAAUAUUAGCAUUCAUUGUCGUGGGUAGUGGCACAAAACCUAAACGGUUUAUAAAAUGAAACAGAUGAUAUAAUAUUUUUUAAAUGUUAAUUUUUUGUUGUUGUAAUUUCAAGUUUGCCAUUUUGAUAUGCAUAUGAAUAUAUGUAUGCUGGAAAUAAUAGUGCGCUUAAUAUUUGAUGCUGCUUUGGUGUGUCAUUCUUUCGUUUAUGCUUUGGUGUGUCAUUGUUUUUUUUCUCACCACAACAAUACAAUAUACAUUCGCAUUGUAUCAUUUUCUAUAUGUACUCUCUAGACAUAUAACUAACACUAUACUAUAUUUUUGUUAUGUUCUAAGUAAGUUGCGACCAUUGUAAUAUUGUAGUAUUGUGUCAACUCUCUUUGCAUCCAUUCUAAACUGGGUACAUACGACUUUAAAUAACUUUUAAAUAUUAGUGAUUUAAUUUUUAUUAUAAUAACAUUAAUCGGAUCAUUAUUACUUGUUUUAUAUCCCAAACUAAUAUUUUCUUUUGUCAAGUUAAUUGUCCUAUUUAUUUCCUUAUUAAUCAAGUUUUGUAACUGGAUCCAAAGAGUAUUGAUUUCCCAAAGUAAAUGUAUCACACUGUGACAGAACAUGGUCCCUGUUCACAAAAUAAGCAUAAAGGAGAGUCAGUAGAUCCAAUUUUAAACAACCAGUUCUUUACUGGAAGAAUAUUAUUGAUAGUUUUAUACUGGUAUCAUCUAAGCUCUGUACUUUAAGUACAUCUAAAAGGGGUACCAUUUAUCUUCAUCCAUUCAUUAUAUGUGUAUGUACAAUUUAAUAUCAUUUCCCAUAUCAGAUUACCUUUGGUUUUUAUACAAUUUGAAUUCAACAAAAUAUUAUAGUAAAAUUACUUCCUUUUAAAUUUAAUCUUAAAAGAUGUAUAUUGUAUAAAAUACUUGGGCUUGCUAACGUCUUAAAUUUUAUCUUAAAAGAUGUAUAUUGUAUAAAAUACUUGGGCUUGAUAACAUCUUAAAUUUAAUCUUAAAAGAUGUAUAUUGUAUAAAAUACUUGGGCUUGCUAACAUCUUAAAUUUAAUCUUAAAAGAUGUAUAUUGUAUAAAAUACUUGGGCUUGCUAACAUCUUAAAUUUUUAUCUUGAGUACUUGACAAUGACGUUUUAUUGCAGUUAUAACACCCUGAAAUUAAAAAGAAAACAAAUUAGAAUCAAUAUUAUAAAUUAGUUUAAACUUCAUAUUUUGUAGAAAACCUUUUUAAUCUAACAAAUCGUAUAAAUCGAGUUCCUACAUUACGUCGAUCGGUGUAACUUGUUUGUUUAUUAUCUGUUCUAAUAUCAUAAUUAGAUCAUAUAUGUUAGGAUUGUAACAUUUCAUUAUUCAUUUUAUGUUGAAUAUUGUUUUAGGUAAGAACAUUAAGUUAAAGGGAUAUCUUUCCAAAAAGCAUUUUCAAUAUUAUGCAUAAUAUCUUUUAUGUAUUUUGCAUCAUAGUUGAAUAUCGAUUGAAAUAUUUCAUUUUCGGUAUAUAGCAAUGUUUUCCCAUGAUGAAUCUGUAGUUAUAAUGCUUUUAGCCAUGCAGGAUUUUUUGUGUCAUGAUAUAUUGAGGUUAUUACCAGUGUUUUUCGGUAUCGUCAAUAUAUAUUAGGAAUAAAAAUUGUAUUAUGCGAGCCUCUGGCGAGCAUAAUACAUUAUUUUUAUUCCUAAUAUAUGAUAUUGACGAUACCGAAA